AUGCAUAGUAAACUGCGAGUUGUAUAUGUUUUGUUGAUAUUAUUUAUAUUGUUUAUAAGACAUGCUACGACAACUUAUUGUGAGAAAGUACGAAGCAAGACAGCACCACGUGACGUUUGUAAGAAAUCAAAUGGCAAUGCGUUGUGCAAAAAGACAUGUUGGACAAUAGAAAAGUAUGUUAAUGGAAAAUGUCUAAUACUUCCAAAGACGACAAAUUUAGAUUGCUACUGCUACCAUUACGAUAAUGGAUCCGCAUGUCGAGCUUAA